AAGCUUCAUUGCCCAACUCACCUAUCACUAAUGUAUCGUUUUCAUCAUAACGAGUUGUCCCAGUUCUUUCACGUCUUUCCUGUGCUCUGUCUCGAUAUUUGUGAGUUGGUGUGAUAUCCUCUGUUUGUGAUUGCACUUGAACAAAGUCGCUUUUCGGCAAACUAUCAUGAGUCUUUUUCUUUUUCUUCUUAUCGUGUUGUAAAAUAAACUGUCUACUUCCUUCUAUCGUGGACAAGUCUGGCUUACUGUGACCUCUUGCCUGUUUCUUACCAAUAGGACGCUGAUGAGACAAUCGAUUCAUCUCACCAAAAGCCAAUUUCAGAAUUUGUAACGGCAACUAUCGGUAUUUUUGGAUGUCUUAUUGUGGUUUAGUUGUAAUUUAUUUAUGUUAAAUAUGCAGACAGAAGUAGAAGAUAACGAAUCUAUAACUCACGUUAAGACCCCUGAAACGAAACCGACUAAGCAGCGAAGCAAGGCGAAAAAGGAAGAUGUCACCCAUAAUAGAAAAGUGAAGAGUCCUAAUAAACGAAGAAAGUCUACGAAAGGUUCCAUAGCAACACCUCGAAGGGCAACCAAGAAGAGUUCGAACGAAAAGUCUACGAGGGCGAAAAGAAGUAAAGUAAAAUUAACCUCUGGUGGUGUAGUCAAGGACAAGAAAUCUCCCAAGGGUGUUUAUAGAGAAGGUUCCAACGAUGGAGGUCAUAACACGAGAGACGAUUCUUCUUCAGUGUUCAGCACAUGGUGUGUGAUUGCCUAGAUAGUGAAAUGUUUUAAAUAAAUGAAGCAAUUUGAUACAAAACAUAAACAGUCUAUUUCAACG